AUGUUGCUGCAAAUUCCGCGCUUGACGAAUUCUCUGAGGGAUCCAUUCGACGUAGACCAGGCCUAUCUCCACCGCAAAAUCAUCCUCCAAAACCAUCUCAAGCCUCGCAGAGAAGGGAACUCCCUGAAUGAGUCGGAUCUUGCCAGGAAGAUAGUUCAUGGAUGGGAUGAAGCAUCAGCAGAAGUGCGACAAGUAUACAAACAAUUUAUUGGUUCUGUGGUGGAACUGAUUGAUGCGGAAGUUCCUUCUGAGGAUUUUAGGGAGGUGGCAUCGACAGCUUACCGUCUCUUUGCAUUCCCAAGGCCAGGAGAGGAAGAGGAUUCCAGCAGCAGUUCUAAGAGGACGAAGUCCGAGUUGGAGCAACUCAUUGGUCAUGCAAUUCCCGAGGGUAUUCUGCAGAAGGUUGCUGCUCUAGCAAGGAGACUAUAUGGCUUGCAACCUUGCAAUGAUGGCAUUGCGUAUGCACCCGAAAGUCAUGUGGAUGGGUCUGAAAGUGACCUUGAGUUUGGAAAUGAGCUUUUCUUUCAAGCCCCAUCUAGGUUUUUGGUGGAUGUCACUUUAGACGAUGGAGAGUUGUUGGGUGAGGAAAGCGCCCCAACCACUUAUCCAGUGCAUGAUAUAUGGCAUGACCAUAGAGACAAUGGAACAAAUCAUUCUGCUCGUGGUGGCAACUUUAACUUAAGUUGGUUAAGAAACGCAUGUGACCGGAUAGUUUGUGAAAGUACCUCACAGCUUUCCAGAGAUGAUCUGGCAAUGGCAAUAUGUCGUGUAUUAGAUUCUGACAGACCUGGUGAGGAGAUAGCUGAUGUUUUACUGGAUCUUGUCGGGGAUGGUGCAUUUGAAAUUGUUCAAGAUCUUAUCUCACACCGGAAAGAACUUGUUGGUGCAAUUCAGCAUGGAUUUUCAGUACUGAAAUCAAACAAAAUGGCUUCAAACAAUCAAUUACGGAUGCCUAGUUAUGGAACCCAGGUGACUGUGCAUACAGAGUCAGAAAAGCAAAUUGAUAAACUCCGUCGUAAGGAGGAAAAACGACAUAGACGUGGAGCAGAAUAUGGGGACAAUGAUUCGUCAGCUACAACCUUUUCUUCUUUACUUGAGGCUAGUGAGAGGAAAACUCUACUUGAUGAUCUGGUCGGGUCAGGUGCUGGGACCCAGCAGUUGCCAAUAACUGCUCUGCCUCAAGGUACUGUUAGGAAACAUUUCAAAGGCUACGAGGAAGUUAUUAUCCCACCAACACCAACUGCAGCCAUGAAACCUGGAGAAAAGCUGAUUGAGAUAAAAGAGCUUGAUGAUUUUGCUCAAGCAGCUUUCCUAGGUUACAAAUCUUUGAACCGAAUUCAGAGCAGGAUAUAUCAAACUGUGUACCAGACAAAUGAAAAUAUACUAGUUUGUGCACCAACAGGCGCUGGCAAAACAAAUAUAGCUAUGAUAUCAAUUCUGCAUGAGAUAAGGCAGCAUUUCAAGGAUGGCUACUUGCAUAAGAAUGAAUUCAAAAUAGUUUAUGUUGCCCCUAUGAAGGCUUUAGCUGCAGAGGUCACAUCAACAUUUAGCUGUCGUUUAUCUCCACUUAAUAUGACCGUGAGAGAACUCACCGGGGACAUGCAACUUUCAAAGAAUGAACUGGAAGAAACACAGAUGAUAGUGACUACUCCAGAGAAGUGGGAUGUCAUUACUCGUAAGAGCAGUGACAUGUCACUUUCAAUGCUUGUGAAACUCUUGAUCAUUGACGAAGUGCAUCUUCUGAAUGAUGAUAGAGGACCUGUAAUAGAGGCCCUGGUGGCCAGGACUCUGCGUCAGGUGGAGUCAACACAGACGAUGAUUCGCAUCGUGGGACUUUCAGCCACUCUACCUAAUUAUAUGGAGGUUGCUCAGUUUCUCAGAGUUAAUCCAGAAGCAGGUCUUUUCUUCUUUGAUUCUAGUUACCGUCCUGUGCCUCUAGCUCAACAAUAUAUUGGAAUCAGUGAGCAGAAUUUCGCAGCUCGCAAUGACCUGCAAAAUGAAGUUUGUUAUAAGAAGGUAGUUGAUUCGUUGAGGCAUGGUCAUCAAGCAAUGAUUUUUGUUCACUCUCGUAAGGACACAGCAAAAACAGCUGACAAAUUGGUUGAACUUGCUACAAAAUAUGACGAUUUGGAGCUCUUUAGCAAUGAUACCCAUCCGCAGUUUGCAUUGAUUAAGAAAGAUGUCUCCAAGUCCAGAAACAAAGAUCUGGUCCAACUCUUUGAGAAUGCAAUCGGUGUUCAUCAUGCAGGGAUGUUACGUGCUGAUAGAGGCUUGACUGAGCGGCUAUUCUCUGAUGGACUUUUGAAGGUACUUGUUUGUACGGCAACUUUGGCAUGGGGAGUGAAUCUACCUGCCCACACUGUUGUAAUCAAGGGGACUCAGUUAUAUGAUCCUAAAGCUGGUGGGUGGAAGGACCUUGGAAUGCUUGAUGUCAUGCAGAUCUUUGGAAGGGCUGGAAGACCCCAGUUUGACACGAGUGGUGAAGGUAUUAUAAUCACGUCCCAUGACAAAUUGGCAUACUAUCUGAGGUUGCUGACAAGUCAACUUCCAAUUGAAAGUCAGUUUAUCAGCUCUUUGAAGGACAACUUGAAUGCUGAGGUGGCUUUGGGUACAGUAACAAAUGUCAAGGAAGCUUGUGCGUGGCUUGGUUAUACCUAUCUAUUCAUUAGAAUGCGGCAAAAUCCUUUGGCUUAUGGUAUCGGAUGGGAUGAGGUUAUUGCUGAUCCUACUUUGGGUUUAAAGCAAAGGGCGCUUAUAACAGAUGCUGCACGUGCACUCGACAAGGCUAAGAUGAUGAGAUUUGAUGAAAAAAGUGGCAACUUCUACUGUACAGAACUAGGCCGUAUUGCUAGCCACUUCUAUAUCCAGUAUUCUAGUGUGGAAACUUACAAUGAAAUGUUAAGACGCCACAUGAACGAUAGUGAGGUAAUUGAAAUGGUUGCUCAUUCUUCCGAGUUUGAGAAUAUCGUUGUGCGCGAGGAGGAGCAGAAUGAGUUAGAGAUGCUGCUGCGCACGUCAUGCCCUUUGGAAGCUAGGGGUGGUCCCUCAAACAAACAUGGAAAGAUUUCAAUACUCAUCCAGUUAUAUAUAUCGCGGGGUUCAAUUGAUACUUUUUCUCUGGUGUCGGAUGCUGCAUAUAUUAGUGCAAGCUUGGCUCGUAUUAUGCGAGCAUUAUUUGAGAUCUGUUUACGUAAAGGCUGGUGUGAGAUGACUUUAUUCAUGCUAGAGUACUGCAAAGCUGUGGAUCGGCAAAUCUGGCCUUACCAACAUCCUUUGAGACAAUUUGACAAGCAUCUUUCAGCUGAAAUAAUCCGGAAACUUGAAGAACGCGGGGUUGAUUUGGAUCAUCUGUGGGAAAUGGAUGAAAAAGACAUUGGAGCACUCAUUCGUUAUGCACAUGGUGGAACGUUGGUCAAGCGACACAUGGGAUACUUCCCCCAAAUCCAACUAUCAGCUACUGUUAGUCCAAUCACCAGAACUGUCUUGAAGGUGGAUUUGCUUGUUACUCCUGACUUCAUAUGGAAAGACCUGUUUCAUGGUACUGCACUACGUUGGUGGAUUCUUGUUGAGGAUUCUGAGAAUGAUCACAUCUAUCAUUCGGAACUUUUCACACUAACAAAGCGAAUGGCUCGUGGAGAACCUCAGAAGCUUUCAUUCACGGUCCCAAUUUUUGAACCACAUCCACCACAGUACUACAUACGUGCUGUCUCGGAUUCGUGGUUGCAUGCUGAAGGUUUUUACACUGUGACUUUCAAGAAUCUACAAUUGCCAGAGGCUCGCACGUCACACACAGAACUUCUAGAUUUGAAACCUCUUCCAGUGACUUCUCUGGGGAACGAUACCUACCAAGCCCUAUACAAAUUUUCACAUUUUAAUCCCAUACAGACACAGAUUUUUCAUGUUCUCUACCACUCAGACAACAAUGUUCUUCUAGGAGCUCCAACCGGUAGUGGGAAAACUAUUUCUGCUGAGCUUGCUAUGCUUAGACUUUUUAGUACUCAGCCUGAUAUGAAGGUGAUUUACAUAGCACCACUAAAGGCUAUCGUCAGGGAAAGAAUGCAGGAUUGGCAAAAGGGUCUUGUCUCUCAGCUAGGGAAAAGGAUGGUUGAAAUGACUGGAGACUACACUCCAGAUUUGAUGGCCCUCUUGUCAGCAGAUAUUAUCAUAUCUACUCCUGAAAAGUGGGAUGGUAUUAGUCGUAACUGGCAGACUCGAAGCUAUGUGACCAAGGUAGGACUUAUGAUUCUGGAUGAGAUUCACCUGCUGGGCGCUGAUCGUGGACCCAUCCUUGAGGUUAUAGUCUCAAGAAUGAGGUAUAUAUCGUCACAAACAGAGAGGGAUGUGCGUUUUGUAGGGCUGUCUACAGCAUUAGCAAAUGCAAGUGAUUUGGCUGAUUGGUUGGGCGUUGGCGAGAUUGGACUCUUCAAUUUCAAACCAAGUGUGAGGCCCGUGCCCCUUGAAGUACAUAUCCAGGGAUACCCUGGAAAGUACUACUGUCCAAGAAUGAACAGCAUGAAUAAACCAGCCUAUGCUGCAAUAUGCACACAUUCAUCCACCAAACCAGUCCUCAUAUUUGUAUCUUCUCGUCGUCAAACAAGGCUCACUGCACUUGACCUUAUCCAGUUUGCAGCUUCUGAUGAACACCCAAUACAGUUUCUGAGUAUGGCAGAAGAAGAUCUGCAAAUGGUUCUUUCUCAGGUUAUGGACCAGAAUCUGAGGCAUACGUUGCAGUUUGGCAUAGGUCUACAUCAUGCAGGGCUAAAUGAAAAAGACAGAUCUCUGGUUGAGGAACUUUUUGCAAACAAUAAGAUCCAGGUAUUGGUGUGCACUAGUACAUUAGCAUGGGGAGUAAAUCUUCCAGCUCAUCUGGUUAUUAUCAAGGGAACAGAAUAUUAUGAUGGAAAAUCAAAGAGAUAUGUAGACUUCCCAAUCACAGAUAUCCUGCAAAUGAUGGGUCGUGCUGGUCGCCCACAGUUUGAUCAACAUGGAAAGGCAGUCAUCCUAGUUCAUGAACCUAAAAAGAGCUUUUAUAAAAAGUUUCUCUAUGAACCAUUUCCAGUUGAGAGUAGUCUGAGGGAGCAGUUGCAUGUACACUUUAACGCUGAAAUAGCGACGGGCACAAUUUGUCACAAAGAGGAUGCUGUUCAUUAUUUGACCUGGACUUAUUUAUUCCGCCGACUAAUGGUCAAUCCAGCCUACUAUGGUUUAGAGAGCCCGGAACCAGAGAUGUUGAGUUCGUAUUUAUCAAGAUUAGUGCAGAACACAUUUGAGGACUUGGAAGACGGUGGAUGUAUCAAGAUGGAUGAAGACAAUGUGGCGUCCACAAUGUUGGGUAUGAUUGCAUCACAGUAUUAUCUCAGCUAUAUGACUGUGUCUAUGUUUGGGUCAAAUAUAGGGCCCGAUACAUCUCUGGAGGUGUUUCUGCACAUUCUAUCUGGUGCCGCAGAAUACGACGAGCUCCCAGUGCGGCAUAAUGAGGAAAAAUAUAAUGAGGCACUAUCAGAGAGAGUGCCGUAUCUGGUGGACAAGAAUUCUCUUGAUGAUCCUCACGUCAAAGCAAAUCUACUCUUUCAGGCACAUUUUUCUCAGCUAGACUUACCGAUUAGUGAUUAUCUUACCGACUUAAAGUCGGUGUUGGACCAAAGUAUACGGGUCAUCCAAGCUAUGAUAGAUAUAUGUGCCAACAGUGGAUGGCUGUCAAGCUCCAUAACUUGCAUGCAUCUUUUGCAAAUGGUGAUGCAGGGUUUAUGGUUUGAUCGGGAUUCUGCCUUGUGGAUGCUGCCAUGUAUGAACGCAGAUCUUUUCUCUGUGUUAAGCAGACAGGGGAUUUCCACUGUACAGCAACUUUUGGAUCUUCCUAAGUCGAGCUUGCAGGCUGUGAUUGGAAGUUUCCCUAUCUCGAGAUUAUACCAGGAUCUGCAGCGUUUCCCUCGCAUUCAAGUCAAGUUAAGACUCCAGAAGAAGGAUACUGGUGGUAGAACAUCUCAUGCGCUGAACAUAAGAUUGGAGAAGACCAACUUCAGGCAAAGUUCUUCGAGGGCUUUCGCCCCUAGGUUUCCAAAGAUAAAAGAUGAAGCAUGGUGGUUAGUUCUUGGCAACGUAAGAACUUCUGAACUAUAUGCUUUGAAGAGAGUUUCUUUCACUGAUCGCUUGGCGACGUAUAUGGAGUUGCCACCAUCCUUGACUUCUAUUCAGGGCACGAAGUUGAUGCUAGUUUCCGACUGUUACCUUGGUUUGGAACAAGAGCAUUCGAUUGAAGACCUUGCUAAGACUCGAUAG